UCGACACUAAAUGUAAACAGAACGUAAUAUUUAUUUGUUAUUUUUAAACAUAAAUGGAAGUAAGUGAUAAAAUACUUUUACCACAUCAUGAGCAGCAGUCGCUGUGCGAAACAAGACUGCCGUACAGGCAGGGAAGGAAGUUAACCGCUGUUAAGGUAUAUUCAAUAACCAAAGAAUCAAACCAUCUCCUCAUAUUUGGUGUACCGUCACUUAAUCUACGACAAGAAACAAAAGCACUAUUCAUAAAAUUUGGAAAAUUGUUGCAAUUCAAUAUAUCGACACAACACACUUCCGAACCAUUCACUGAAACAUAUCACGCUCAAUACGAGAAGACACAACCUGCAAGAAUAGCCAAGAAAAUGCUGGAUACGAAAAACUUUUACGGUGGUAUACUACAUGUUUGUUACGCACCAGAAUUCGAAACGGUUGAAGAAACUCGACAGAAGCUUAUACAACGUCAACGUGAUGUCGUUUUUAGGUUGAAAAAUCUAGAAAAAGAGAAGAAUGAACCUCCAAAGCCACAAAUGUUAAUUUCAGACAUCAUAGUAAAUGAACCAAAAAAAUUAAACAUGGGAAAUAUUAACACAAUCACCUUAGGGAAAGAAAUAAAAGAAGUUAAGAAGAAAAAAAUUAAAAAAUUUAAGUCCAAUCAUGAAGAAAUUCGUACGACAAAUAAUGAAACAAUCGUAGAAUGUGUACGUACCAACGAUGAAUCCGUUAGCAAUGUCGGUAACACAGAAAGUAUUGAAAUUGUAGACUGUACGAAUAUUGAUACAGAAGUAAUUACGAAUAUCAAUGAAAGUUUGAAUUACAACAAAUUUGGUACUGAAAUUAUAAGGAAGAUUCCAGAAAAACCUUUAAAUAAAAUACAAUUUCAUAUAAGCAAAAAGUCAUAGCAUAUAUAUGUAUAUAACAGACUGUUAUGUGCCACUGUUCGACUAAUCCAUGAUAUUUUUAAAAGACCCUGAGCUUACCACAUAAAUAUCUAUGUAUCAACAGGCAGAUAUCAAAGAUAUUUUUCAGGCUUAUUUUAUAUCUAGACUGUCAAAGCUGAGGAACCGACAAAAAAAUAGAUCCCAACAGUCGCCUAGUAAAUACACACAUACUUGUAAAGUAGUAUGACAUGGGAGUGUCAAGCGUUACACACCAAGGUAAUAAAGUUGCCUCGUUUGUUUGUAGCGAGACACUCUACUUAGAUAUAUAAAAUAAUCUAAAGAUAUUUCAUACAAUGUUUUCCUUCAUCACGGAGCAUGAGAUAAAUUUAAUAAAUACAACUAAAUCAAACGAAAAUUCAGUGACUAAUAAUAUAGAUAAAUUAAAAUUAAUGUUUGUACUAUGUGUUCGUAGACCAGUCAUAUAUAAAGAUGAGACUUAGGUACUUCUGUGUAUGCCCUAGAAGGUUCCUUGCUCAAUAAAUCAAGAUUCUUCGUCGUACGUUUGUAAUUUAAUACAAAUGUUUUAUAUACGUACUUUAACUAUCCUUGCAGAGGCCGGUUGUUAGUAAUAAAUAUUAAGAAUAGCAUA